AUGUCGGCGUCUCCGCUGGCGAGGCAGUCUCGCAAGUCGCUCAGCGCAUUUGCAAGACCCCCAUCCCAGCUUUCCCGCUCGACCCGCGACUUGGACGACGGCCCAUCGACCCCAACGUCGUCGUCAUCCCACCAGAACGCCUUUGCCACGCCAGUCCGUGACCACACGGAACGUGAGCGUCCGCGCUACCGCUCAUCGGCUGUCGGUGUAGGCGUCGGCACUGUAGAGUCUCCCGGUCCCAUUACCCCGCAUGGCGCGCACAUCACAUACUCGCCCUACGCGACCACGCCGCCUGCGGGUCUGUCCAAAUCCUCGUCCAUCCCCUUCGACAUGGCGGCCAAUGCCCGUGCCGCUAAGCAGUACGAGGAGGAGCGCAAACGCGAGGCUCGUCGUGCAUCGCUCAACCCUGUGUAUGAGUCCACCUCGGGAAAGAAGAAGCGCUUCGUGCGCAAAAAGUCACUGUGGAAACGCAUGGUCGAGCUGCCUAGCAACGUGAUUGAUACCGCGUUGAUCCAGAUGCCCAACUCGGUUGAGGACGUUCUCCCGCCCGCCCGUUUUGCCAACCCCAUUGCUUUGGCCCUCUACAUCAUCCACUGGUUCCUCCUUGCUCCCCUGCGUUCGCCCCAAGCUGACGACGGUGGUAUUAUCCGCCACCGCUCUGGCGUCGAUGACCGCUGGGGACGGUACGAGGAGGAACCCAAGGCCCGUCGUGGUAUUGUCGGCACUCGUACUGUGAGCUUAUCUACAGUGAGGAAAGCUAACACCGCAGGCAUUCCUCGUUACCUUCCUCCUGUUUACUUUUGGGUGUUCGCCGUGUUUCCUCUUUCGCUAACCCAUCAGGCCAAGGACCCUAUUUCAUCCCCUCACGCCUCCCCGGCCCCGUCCCCUACUGCGCGCAAGAGCACGUCGACGCACACCUCUCCAGCUCCAGUUGACGACAACGUCGUUCUUCCCUCCACUGCCUCGCCCGCGGAGAAGUAUGCGCGUAUCGCCGCUCACUGGCUGUGGAUCUUUACGAAAUGGGCUGCCCGUUCCGUGCUGUCGGCCUUUGGCGCCCGCCCACCCCGUACCUCUGGCGAGGGUGGCGGCGACGACCGCAUCCAGUCUCUGCACGUCUGGGAGCCUCCCGAAUUCUGCCUCGCCUUCUUCUGCGCGUACGCUCCCUCGGCGCCGGUCGUCGCAUACCUCAUCACCGCGCCGCACCCGUUCCUUACACCCGUCAUCCACGCCAUGUCCAUCUUCUUCCUCACGCAGCUCGCUGCCAACUAUGCGCAGCUCGUCAAAGACCGCAUGUUGCUCAGUGCAGAGGUCAUGCGCGAGUAUGACAGGAGGUUUGUGUACAAGAGGAUCUUUGCCACCAAGGUCGACCGCGGAGUCGGCACAAGUGACCCAGCGUAG